CUCACAACACUUCGGACCUAGAAGAUGAUGAACCGAGGAAUAACCUCUUUUUCGCACUAAGGAAGAGUGUGUUCGUUUCUACGAACGCUAUGCUCACAAAAAAGGGUUUGGUGUUCGAGUAGAUUCGCAACAUUUGAGAAAAAGAAGACAACUGAAGGAGAGGUGGUGGAAAUUUAUGCCUACCUUUAUUAUGUUUGUAAUAAGCAAGGGUCAUCGGAAGAAGUCAAUGUUGAGAAACAGAAACAUGGAGAGGAUCGGUUGUAGAGAGAAGCCGCCCUAAAAGAAAGAGGUCUCGAAUUAGGGCUGAAUGCCCCGCCCUUGUUCGUUUCCGAUGGGAUGAGAAUAGGGAUGGAUAUGUGGUGCACAAUUUCAUUGGAGCUCACAAUCAUGAUUUGCACUCCACCAAGCAUGCUCACCUAUUAAAGUCAAACAAGUCCGUGAGCGUUCCUCAAGGACUUGUUGCUGAAGCAAAUCGCAAUGCCGGGAUGAGUCUUAGAUCAUCGUAUCAGCUAUUGGCUGAGUGUGCCGGAGGGUAUGAGAACUUGACUUUUACCAAAUGUGAUCAGAAGAACCAUUUGAACAAGAACAGACAAAAGACUAUGUCUCGUGGCGAAGCGACUUUCUUGCUUGACUACUUUCAAGACCAAAAGGAGAAGUAUCUCGACUUAUUUUAUGCUGUAGUGGUAGAUUGUGAGGAGAAAGUAGCCAAUAUUUUUUGGGCAGACAGUAGGAUGCGUGAAGAUUAUGCACUUUUCGGAGACUCUGUCUCCUUCGACACCACCUUCCGAACCAAUAAAUACUUCCGGCCAUUGGGUAUGUUGACCAAUUAUUUUCCUUAUUUUUUUGGCAUGCAAGCGGUUAUGCAUUGUUUUUAAUACCAAGUCUUUUGCAGGGAUGUUUGUAGGUUUCAAUCAUCACCGACAAACUUGUGUGUUUGGCGCUUGUUUGUUAUAUGACGAGACAACUCCUUCUUUUGAAUGGUUGUUUGAAGCAUUUAGUCGGUGCAUGAAGAGGAAACUCCCAGUGACCAUCUUCACGGAUCAGGACGCCGGUAUGGCAGCUGCCCUUAGAAAGGAGUGGCCAGAUGUGCUUCAUGCCCUCUGUACUUGGCACAUCUUGAUGAAUGCGAAGAAAAAUCUUCGUAAGAGCAAGAAAUUUUGGCAUAAGUUCCAAAAUCAUCUUGCUUAUCUUUUCUAAUACGUCGACAGCGAGGCCGAGUUUGACGAGGCAUGGAGAAGCAUGGUUUCUGAUUGUUUUCCCAAUAGUGAAACUAUCGAUGGCCACCAAUGGAUGCAAUACUUGAAGAAAUUUCGUCAUCAAUGGUGUUCCUUAUAUCUGAGAGAUCAAUUCACAACGGGAAUGUUGACAACGCAAGCCAGUGAGUCGUGCAAUGCACAAGUGCGACUCUUCUUGAAACCGAAACAUAAUCUCGACGAGUUUUUCAUCCACUUUAACUGCUUGUUGGCUGACAAAAGGCGCAAAGAGACUGAGUCCAACUACGAUGGGAAACAAUCAGCCCCUUACAUAGUGUUGGAGAAAAGCUCGAUCCUCCAACAUGCUGUCAAGAUCUUCACGAAAAACAUCUUCAACCGGAUUCAAGAGCAGUAUCUGGAAAUUGAAGACUAUCUAAUUGAGCUUGUCCCAGAUAAUAGGUAUGAUGGAUUCAUUAGCUACCGAACAUAUAAGAUGGAGGAUGGUGAGCGUAGCGAUGAACGUGUCACUCUUGUCGAUACUUCUACGGCCACAUUGGUAUGCGAUUGUAGGAUGUUUAGAACAUUCGGGGUCUUAUGUCGGCAUAUGCUUAAGGUGAUGCGAUUUCUUGGAGGGUUUGGGAACGAUAGUAUGAGAACUAUUCCAGAUCAUUACAUACUCAAGCGAUGAUUGUUGGAGGCGAGAAGAAAAGAGGUUGGUGAUGCUGAUGCUUCAGGCGAUACUUCACAUAGUCAUGAGAACGAGACGGGAAAAAGGAGAUAUAGCAAUGAGGUACCGAGAAACCACUGCAAUGUUUAAUCAGCUCGCAACAAAAUUGUCAAUGGCGGAUGAGAAAGUGUACAACAGGUGGAUGGGAGCAUUGCAGAAAGUGUGCAAGGAGGCAAACAAGGCAUUGUCAAAGACUAUAACUAGCAAGGACGGUAAGUGUAUCGAAUAUUUUUUGUAAAUUAGUAUAAUUUAAUAUCAUUGGACGGAUUACUUAAGCCACUAACAUUGUAGGGA